CGGCGGCUUCCCCGGGCCCGGGCCUCGGCCUGCCGUGGCCUGGCUGCCGGGGGGAGCCCUCCGUGCUGCUUCGGAGGAGUCCGGCAUAGUUGAAGAGUAGCGUAGCUCUGCCUCCCUGCCCCAUCCGCAUUCCCUUGGCUGACGACUUGGCUGAUUUUUCCUCGGAUCUUUACGGCAUCUUGGCUGGGGGAUAAUUCCGGGCCCGGCCCGUGUGGUUUCCUACGCGGCUGCGUCUCACAGGGACUGUAUGUAGGUGCAAACUUGUAUAACCCCUCUCUCUGGCAAAUUGCACGCAUGUUGCUUUAAACGCCUAUCUUGGCGUUUAAACUUCUGUGUUGGAGCUGAAAGAGCGCUGGUAACUCCUGUUGCGUUCAAGAAAACUCCCCAGCUCAACGAGGAGGACUGGAACCUUUUUUUGAUUUCAUCAUUGCCAUAGGACACACUAGGCUUAAUAAAGAAAACAAUAUGUUGAAAGAUCUGCUGAAGGCCAAUGUUGAAAAAGCAGUGAAGCUGGAGGUGUAUAACAUCAAAACAAUGAAAAUAAGAGAGGUAGAGGUGAUCCCCAGCAACAUGUGGGGAGGACAAGGUCUUCUUGGAGCCAGUGUGAGGUUCUGCAGUUUCCAGGGAGCUAAUGAACAUGUGUGGCAUGUUUUGGAUGUUGAACCUGCAUCUCCUGCAGCUCUAGCUGGUCUGCAGCCGUAUGCCGACUACAUUGUUGGGUCUGAUCAGAUUCUUCAAGAGUCAGAGGAUUUCUUUUCACUGAUUGAAUCCCAUGAGGGGAAGCCGCUGAAGCUGAUGGUUUAUAACACUGAAGCAGAUUCCAUUCGAGAGGUAGUUGUGACUCCCAAUGGAGCUUGGGGUGGAGAAGGAAGUUUAGGAUGUGGUAUUGGAUAUGGGUAUUUGCACAGAAUUCCGACACAGUCUGUAAUGUCAAAGAAAAAGCCAGAAAGCAAAUCACCUUCACCCUUACCAGAAGCUGGAACUCCUGGACCAUCUACUAAUGGUUACACAGAGACCCCAUUAUUGGCACCUGCUUCUCAGAGUGACAGCUCUGAAAUAGUUAUGAACUUGGAUCAUUCCACAGAUCAGGAAAUGAGUGGUUAUUCACAAGAAAGCUCGCUUUCUCCUCCUCCCCCUCUCCAGCGCGUUAUGGAUCCAGGAUUUCUAGAUAUGUCUGGUACUUCAUUUCCUGAACUCACUAACUUGGAAAAAGUGUCCAACAUGUCUUCAUCUGCCUCCUUCAACAUGCUGGCAGCAGAUGCUGUAGUAGGCACUGAAAAGUUAGUGUUGAAAAAUGAUGCUUCUGCUUAUUUUGAAAAUGCCACAGCUUUGGACCCUGAAGAUGUAACCAUGUAUUCUGAAGGCUCAGUCAAGCAGCCCGAGAUAGACGACCCACUGCCUUCAGUUCCAUCUUUACCUUCUUUUGCUCUUCCUAAUGAAAUUUCUUCAAAAACAACACUAGGAACUGAUCCUGAUAACAAAGAAACAAAGUUGCUCUUAAACAGUACUGAGAGCUCAUUAACCACUACGCUGGUGAAACCAGAUGAUGAAGCAGCGUGUGAACAGAAAGAAGCAGCAGCUGCAGAAGCUUGUGAGUGAAACGAAUGCUGCUUUAGUUUACAGACUGCCGUAUGCUGUGAUACUACAGCCUGGACUAUUUUUCUGAUCUUGAAAGAAUUACAGUAAUUCUAUUUUGUUAGUGUAGACAAUAUUAUAAAAGAAAUCAUAUGAAAUACAUAUCAUACUGUCUUUUCCAGUGACUGUUUAAUGGAUUGAUCUGUGUUCAACCUUUGAAUGCUGUGCAAAAUCAAAUUAAUGGAGAAAUUAAUGCAGAAACAAGCUGGAGACUGGCAAAAUGUCAUGUUUGCCUACAAAUGUUCCUGAAUGUUUUUAUGAAGGCACUCUGCUGGAACAGCAAUGAUGAUUACUUUCUCAGUAUGACUGAUGGCAUUAAAAAAAAAGAUACUGAAAAUGGCAUUAAAAAAAAUAUUCUUUCUAGAAAGGUUAACCAAUGGUACAUCUCAAUUAAACAGUUAUCCUGACUUUCAAAGCAUUUCCUACCCCAAGAUAUCUUUAUUCCUACUUACUACUCUGCAAACUGUUAUUUUUCUUGUUUUAGAGCCCUGUCUCUGUAACUGUUAUUCAUAUACCUUGCCUACAACUACUUCUGCGGGAAGGGAAGUACCAUAUGGUUUGGAGCUGCAGCACGUAGGUAGUACAAAAUCAUGUUGGUGGGUCUUGGCUGUUUGCUUCUGCUCCUCCAUGGAUCACAUGGUGGUCUUGCAGUUAAAAAAAGGGGGGGUGGGGGGGGUGGCAACAGUAGGAAAUUAUGCUGGAUAUUUGAAACAAACUGAAGCCAAAGAUGAUUUAAGUCAGGCCCUGUGUUUUCAGGGUGAUUAACACUUUCAGCAGAGCUGAGUAUAUCUUGGGUUUCUGUAGUGAUGGAGAAACAGUUUUUCUUUAGUUGUGCUUUUCUAUUUACUCAUUUCUAUUUUAUACAAAUCAUUCAAAGUUUAGGGUAUGGAGAUAUAAUAUGUUAGUGCAGCAACAUCUAUUGUUUUUUGUAGAUUUUGUUUUGUUUGCACUUACCUUCAAAUAGCUUCUGAAUGUAAUAGCAAACAUGAAAUGAACAGUGAAAGAAAUUAGGAGGUUUUAUACCCCUCAGGGCAGUGAUUUAUUAUGGAAUUUUAAAGCUGUUGAUUGGGCAUAAAUUUCACUGCAGCUGGUACAGUUAGCAGGGUGAAAAUCCUUCAGAAAUUAAGAGAAUGGGGUACAAGGUUAGGUGUGCGUUUAAGCUAUAAACUGGAGUAUACUUACUUAGAAAUACUGUGCAAUUCCCUUUUCUCUGUCCUGUCCCCUGAGGAGUGAGGUGACUGUCAUGCCACAAUCUGGUAACAGUGCAGGGUGGGAAGCCAGGGUGACACUCAGAGCGUGAUGACUGAAGACACCUCUGGGCUCUAUUUGGUUUUCUGUUGCUGUUUAUUUAGGACUGUUUCUAAUCUUACACCUUUGUCAAAGCUGUUUUAAAGCUGGUGGUAGCUCAUUUUAAGUGAUGCUGUACCCUAAGCACCCCUUAGAAAUUUAAAAGCAGGGAAUGUCAAAACUCAUACUGAAUUUCAAAUGGCACAGUAAUAAAUGGCUUAACACUG